GACCUUACUCCCACCCAUUCACCUCCUGCGAGCGUGCCAAGAGUGGUGUGUCGCGCCUCUCUCAAUCAGUGUGGUGCCGACCAUGGCCGUGAACGGAGCGGCGGCCCUGGCCGUCCCAGAGAGCGUGGACAAGGCGUUGCGGCACAUCGCCCAGGCGCGUGGCUGGAAAAAUCCUAAGUUUCACAUCGAGCAGGGGUCAAACGACGGUGAUGGAUAUCUGAGCGUGCUGUUCCGCAUUGUCAUACAGAACGAGAAUGACUCACUUUGCCUCAUGUGCAAGGCAACGUUGGCGUCCAUGGAAAAGUCAAAUUUCAUUGAGUGUGUCUUCAAAUCAGAGAUCUUCGCCUACAACAGACUGCUUCCUGCCUUGGAAGAGGUAGCACACCUCAAGAACCCUCUGCCAUGGCCUAGGGGAUACCCCACGGGCUCACGCUCACAGUCACCUUGUGUCGUGAUGGAGGACAUGCGACCGCAGGGCUUUGGCAUCUCCGAGCGAGGCACCACACUGGAUGAGAAGCGGUGCCGAUUGCUUGUAACACAGCUCGCGCGGUUCCACGGGGCAGGCAUGGUGUUGGACAAGCAACGCCCCGACCUCAUGGCUGAACUAAAGAAGAUCGUGGAUGAACCCGUCUGGCUGGAGGAGUUGAAAAAAGUUUGGAGGCCGUUCUUGAAGGCUACCGUCAACACUCCCGACCUGAUAAAAGACAGAUUUCCGGCUUCUGUGAUUGAAAAAUUGCACAACAUUUGCAACACGUACACCGAAGACUUUUUCGACUACCUUCUACCGGACCCGGAGGGAGGCAACACCGUUGUUCACGGAGACUGCCACGUAAACAACAUCCUUUUCCAGACGAAUGAGGUCGGAGAGGCAGAGGGCUGCUGCCUGAUCGACUUCCAGGUCGUUCGGUACGCCUGGCCCGCCCCGGACCUCGCCAUCAUCCUGCUCACCACGACGGAGAAGAAACUGCGGGACGAGCACUGGGGGUCGCUGAUGCGGCAGUACCACGACGAACUGCAGAGCACUCUGAGGGCGGGCGGCAUCGAGGACCCCGACUCCGUCUACCCCUGGCACAUGUUCCAGAAACACAUGCAGCGUGCGUCUCGGAUGGCCAUCGGCUUGGUCGCCUCCUUCGUCCACGUCUUCACCGACACCUCCGCCAUCAAGGACAUCCAGAACACCCUGGCGGACGUGACCAACAACGGCGAGGCGAAGAACAGCGAAGUCGGCGUCUACAAAAUCAAAGAUUCGCCCGAAGUGAGACGCCGCUUCGGCGACGCGGUGCAGAGCCUGGUGGACUGGGGCUGGCUGUAAAAGACUGGGCGCUCAACUUUCUACAUGCCAAGUGUAGAUGCUCACUUUUCCACGAGAUCUCACACAACUUUGAGCAUGCGUUUUUAUUUUUGCGUACACAUUUGUAUGCAGAAUCGCACAAAUAGGCCCUUUCAGUCUUCGCUGAGUGAAGACCACAAAUAAUCAUAAGGCCAGGAACGUUACAGGUUCCUGUCUUUUUGAUUACGCUUGUUCUUCAUUCGGCGACGACUGAGAGGGUCCAUUUGUGCGAUUGCUGCGUAUAAACUCACACGGAAAGUACGUUGGCGCAAAAUUGUGAGAGAUCUCGUUCAAAAAUUGUACUAGGGACGUGUGCAGUCAUAAUACCGACCGAUUUCUCAGGGUUGAACGAUUCAAAAGUAUCACUCUGAGAAAUUUAUUCGUGUAACAAAGUGGUCAAAAGGUUACUGAGGACCUUUCCUCCAUAUAUUACGAACUUGCCUGUGAUUUCAUAAUAGUAGGGUAAUUGUUCAUAUCGCGAAGAAGAAAGCUGAAUAGGAAUUUGGGAGUGUGAUUGCCAACCGGAAAUAAAAUGCCCAGCUGUGAUACAGUCUCAUUUA